AACAUCCGCCAUUUAACGGAAGUCCGUGUCGGAUCUCGUUUCGGAUUGACAACAAAAUAUCCAGGAGUGAAACUGAAGCAGUAAACAUGCUUCGGUCAUCGCUGAGCUGAAGCGGAUUCGAGCUGACAUGGAGUGCUAAAGCUCUCUCAGUGCGGAGCAGCAUGGAGGAGAUGCAGGGGGUCGAGGAUGAUAAUCAUAACUGUCGCGCGCAGGCUGAGAGUGUGUGUUCACCUACACAGGUGUGUGUGGACCACGACUCCAGCAGUGACACCUGUGAGUCCACUUCUGCGCUGCUGCUCAACUCCACCGCCAAGUUCCACUUGAACGUGAUGACAGCAGAAGAAUACAAGACGGUUUACUGGCCAAAACUAGAGCGAGCCAUUGAGCAUCUGCUCACUCAAAGCCCGAUGGACCACAUCUCCAUCUCAUACGAACAGAUCUACAGUCAGGUUUAUAAGUGUGUGUGCCAGCAGCACUCGGAGCUGCUCUACAACGAUCUGAUGUGGAAGAUCAGGUCUCAUCUAGAGCAAGUGUCUUCUGAGCUACAGGCCGGUCCAGCAGAAGAUUUAAUAGAAAACUUUAACCGGGCUCUGACGCGCUACACAGCCGCCCUGCACUGCAUCGUUCCCGUCUUCAUCUACAUGAACAAGUUCUACAUUGAGACGAAGCUGAACCGCGACCUGCGGGACGAUCUGAUGAAGCUCUUCUCCGAUCACGUCGCAGAGAAACACAUCGGCACGCUCCUGCCUCUUCUUAAAAAGGCUCAUUCCAUGCCGUUUCAAGUCAAGCCAUCAACUAUGGAGAGUGUUGUGAAAGGUCUUUAUGCCCUCCGGCCAGACUGGGUUCCUCUUGCUCCGGCUCUGUUCUCCAGAUUCAUUCCUCAGAUCCAUCCUCCCGCUCUUGAAUCUCAGCUCCUGUUUUAUGCGGAUCAAGAUAAGAAACUGCAGAUGGAGCUUCAUCAGAAAGGCUUCUCCAGGGGCGAUCAGUCGAGGAAGCGAGCGAGUGAAGAGUCGUGACCGAGGAGUGGAUCGAUUACGAUGAGACUCGCCGCAAGCUGCUGCAACUUAAGCCUGCAUACUUCAUUAACAAACAGUUCACGGCAGACUUUAUCUGAUGCAGAGACGUUCGUUCAUCUCUUCACACAGUCCUCUGGGAAUUCUCAGUUAUUUGGAGAGUUCACAGAAGCAUUAGAAAACUCUACAGCCUUUGUGGGAUUGCCUCGGUUCUCUAGUUGUGGAUUCGUUUCACAGUGUUCAUCAUAUUUCCAGGUUGAUUUGAUUUGAAGCAGGCUCUCCUCUUUUCCUCUCUUUGUCGUUUUAUAAAAUCAUACGGCUUGCUGUGAUUUCAGAAAUGAUGUUGCAUCAUGAAUCUCUUACCAGGUGAUGAAUGAAGGUGUCUAAAAUCCAGAUUCUCACACAGUUAUUUUAUUUUAGACUCACUACUGUAGUUUUAAACCGUUUUAGUUGACACUUGAUAACUAUUUUACCUAAUAAUAAUAACAACGUGCCUUUGGCUAUUUGCCUUUUUUCAUUUUUAAGUGAAAUGUUAAAUGCAAGUCGACCAUUUAUUAUAACAGCUGUUGAUUUUAUUUUAUUGUUUUGUCGCAUGUUGAAUCUGGAAGCACAAAAGUUUGUGAAAAACAGUUCAGAUAAAGGACAGGUGUGAUGUAAAGGGCUGCUAAUAAUUUGUCUGGAAUAAACUCAUGACACUGAAACAAGAA